GCGCCCCCGGGAGCGCGGCGGCGCGCGCGCCAUGGCGGGCCCCAGCCUGCGGCCGCACGUGCACUGGGCGCAGCGGCACCGCGAGCUGUACCUGCGCGUGGAGCUGAGUGACGUGCAGAACCCGGACGUCGCCAUCACCGACAAUGUGCUGCACUUCAGAGACCUUGUUUGCAACUGUUAUCAAACCUCUGCAUCGGGAACUAGCGCUUGAUUUGAAAGCUCAGGGUCAUGGUGCCAAAGGGGACAACAUCUAUGAAUUUCAGAUCGAGUUCCUAGAACCAGUUGAGCCUAAACCUGUAUGCAGGGUGACUCAAAGGCAGCUGAACAUCACUGUGCAGAAAAAAGAGAGUAACUGGUGGGAGAGACUCACCAAGCAAGAGAAGCGCCCGCUCUUCCUAGCUCCUGACUUCGACCGCUGGUUGGAUGAAUCGGAUGCUGAAAUGGAGCUGAGGGAGAAGGAAGAAGAAAAGAUUAACAAAAUGAAAAUAGAAUCCAGAAUCCCGAAGGACCCUUUCAAACACCUGAAGAAGGGAUACUUAAUCAUGUAUAAUCUCGUACAGUUUUUGGGGUUCUCUUGGAUUUUUGUGAACAUGACAGUACGACUAUUCAUCUUGGGAAAAGAUUCCUUCUACGAUACAUUUCACACUAUUGGUGACAUGAUGUAUUUCUGUCAGACCCUGGCAUUAAUGGAGACCAUGAAUUCACUGAUAGGACUAGUCAAAUCACCACUGAUACCUGCUGUAACGCAGAUAUUUGGAAGAAACUUUAUUUUGUUUGUUGUCAUCGGGAGCUUAGAAGAAAUGCAGAGCAAACCUGUGGUGUUCUUCAUAUUUUAUUUCUGGAGUAUCAUUGAGCUGUUCAGGUAUCCAUAUUACAUGCUUUCAUGCAUUGGUAUUCAAUGGAAACCACUAACCUGGCUCCGUUACAGUGCCUGGAUCCCUCUCUACCCCUUAGGAGGCUUGGCAGAAGCCGUCUGUAUCGUUCAAUCCAUUCCAAUCUUCAGUGAAACAGGGAAAUUUAGUCUGGGAUUGCCAAAUCCACUGAACGUCACAAUCCAGUUUUCAUUUUUGCUUCAAAUAUACCUUAUAGGCUUGUUUUUAGGGGUAUUUCUAAACUUCCGUCAUCUGUACAAACAAAGGAAACAGCACCUCGGACCAAAGAAGAGAAAGAUGAAGUAAAGGAGGACUGCAAUGCUUUCUUAUCUGACUUAUCUCAAUGAUAAUAUAAGCCUCUAAUUCUUACGGUUUUACCCACUGUAAUGUAAAGAAUUUUGUAAAAUUAAAUGAUCACGCUAAAUUUCAUGAUUUCAUAGUGAAUUCAGGUAACAUUCCCAUAUACUGUAUUUUGUUCCCUUUCAAUCAUAUAUGCAUGACAUUUACCACUGAACGGUAACAUUUAAACUUGUAUCCUGUCAGCUACCCUAUUAGGAAGAAAUCCUGUUAUCUGCAUAUAAUAUGCUUAUAAACAGUGGAGCAGCACUAAAUAGAAAUAGUGUUUAUCUUUUAAUUGGGUAUUUGCUCUUUCAAUAUUGCAUGCAGAUAGGGCUUCUGAUGUUGGGAUAUAUUAUUCGCUGGCCCAUGCUGUUCCUAGGGUGCAUUUAGAUGGCAGGAGAAGCACAAUCUGAGACCACUGUGAACAGUGAUUGGGUGUUCAUUAACGGUUAAGGUAAACUUGCUCAGCACCUAACACACACACACCCCUUUUUAAUUAAAACUGGAAGUUGCUAAUGUUGAUUUAAAUGCUACCAACUUAGUCUGUUUCUAGUUUAGUCGUAACAGAGUAGGAGCGCUGUGUGAUCUUAGCAUUCCUGUAGCAACACAUCCUUAUUGAGUCAUUAGGGAAAGGAAGCUGCCGCUCUGUGACAUGGUCAGAGACAUAUUCCUGACUGGUAACGCAAGCACUGAAACAUAACAAAACACAGAAACAUGGGUACCAACCAGUUUUCUCCUAGCAUGUGAACAAGCCCCAGCAGAACUCCAUCCCACCCAUGCAAAGGGAAAAACUGUCAUGGGAGACUGAAGCUCCUCUGAUCAUUCCUGGCAGGGCUAUAGCUCCCGGAUUUAUAGCCUUGAGAAAGGGAGUAAAGAUUGCCCUUCUACUUAAACUCAGGGGUACAGCUGAGAGAAUUUGGUAUAUAUGCUUUGUUGGCUGGUGGGAUGGAGUAGUGAGUCAAAUAAACCAUGUAUUAUUUUGAUAGCACGUAUCAAAUCUCAGUAAGGGAGGUCCCACACAGGGUUUGAAGGGACCCUCUCCUCUGCUUGCUUUAAACAACAGCAGCAACAACACCACCACAAACCAAGACGCUCCUCUCUACAUUCUAGGUCAUCUACUCUCUCACCUGGAAACCUUUGUUUCAGUUGACUUAAUUUCAACAUGCUCUUCUUCGCACCUAGCCUCAUGUAGUUAAUUCCAGAUCCCUCUGGUCUCCUUAAUCCAGUUUGGAAAAUGUACAAGAAGUUUGCUCUAACCGUUUAGUGGUUAUGAACAGGUUGCUUUACAACUGCCACUGCCCCCAGGGCAACGCAAAGCAAUGCCAGCACUCCAGAACUGGCACUGAAGUUGAGAUCAGCUUAGUGCCAUGUUACUAUUUAGCUGCUUUUACUGUAAAACAGUAUGAAUCCUCCAGAAAAUUAUUUUCUAUAUUAAAGGUAACAAACAGCUUACUGCUUGUGAUAUGGACCCAGUGAUUGUUACUGUAAAGUAAAGGAAAUGGGAGAUUUUAACAAAGAACUGGUAUAAACUCCAGGCUGCAUUUCACAAAUUGUGUUCUCUCAAUAAGAGGCGUAAUACAACUUCUCUUUAGGGAUACUUGAGACUCCCACUCAGCUUACUUCUCUCAGGAGAAUUAAGCAUGAUUUACACAAUAUUUCACUUAGCCCACAUUGUACCUAUGUUUGAAGUAUGUCAAAGGAUUGAGUUAGCUGAGUAAUGGAACAGCAAGGAUCACUUUCAUACUUUAAUUCCUCCUCUGGGCAUUUAAACUUCUGUUUUGAAAUCUGUAUGUAUUCAUACAAUGUAUUUCUCAGUGAAAUUGUGGUACCUAGUGCAAGCUGUCAUGGGUCUUACACUACUGAAUUUUAGUCCUUCAGAAAGAAUGUGUUUCUAUUAAUAAAGAUUUACAACCAAA